UUGAAAGUUACUGAAAGGAAAUCUGUUGUUUUAAAUUGUAGUUUCUUGUGGUAGAGGAUUAAGGCUUUCUGAACAAAAGAGCAGAAAUGAUGGAAAUCAAGAUUUGUUCACAGAAAAAACGAACGCUCAUAUGGAUAGAUCAGAGAGUUCUCAAUUUUAUACUCUAAAAGAAAGCGAGAAGCACUAUUCUCAAGAUCCAAAGCCGAGCCAAGACUUGAAUUUAAAUAGAUUGGAAUUUUCUAAGCAUUUUGAGCUAAGAGGUGUGUUCUGUGAUGAGAAGAUUGAAAUGAACCAUGCUGCUGUCGAUGAUGUUGUUCAACCCAACACCCAGUCUAUCGAGCCAGUAGCACAGGGAGAGAUGCUUUUACCUGUUCCUGGCUUUUUUAGUGAGGGAAUCACCCAGGUUAACCCAGCUCUGACAGAAUCAAAGGGACAAAGGCUGACCUUCAGCAAAAGGAGGUGGAUUCUGGCUGAAACGAUUUUCGUGAGCGAUAAUCCACAUGAAGCUCCUCCAAUGAAAAAGUGCAGCUUUGAACAUUUUACAUUGCCUAUGGUCAACUGCCAUAAGGCAUCCCGAGAAGAACUCAUAGUGGACAAGCAGACUAAGAAUAAAAGAAUCAACCCAUUUUGUAGCAACCAAUCAUAUUCAGGAGAGUAUGGUUUCAUGAAUAAGGAGUUGACUGAAAGAGAUGACGUUUAUCCACACUUUGGGGUCAUCUCAAGAGAAGCAGAGUGUGACCAAGCUGUGUUUAUUCAAACACAGACUGGUCUUCUAUCAAAUGCAGAGAAACCAAAAUCUAAGUUGUCGGGUCUGGAGACCAGCCUUUUCCCACAAGACAGAAGAAACUCACAGUCGUCUGCUUCAGAUGAAAGCUGUCUAUAUUUCCAAAGAUGUGAGAGCAGCACUGUUCAUGAAUGUGAUCCGGACACAUCUGUUAAAUCAGAUGAAUUUCUGGACUUAUCGAAGCAGAAAGAAGACAGUGGAUCUGAGAGAAGUCAGAUUCUCAAGGGCAGAACUAAUUUCCCCCAGCCUGACAACAUUGCAUUGCCGAUGCUUGUUGGAGAGAAAAACAGCGUGAUGGAGCCUUCACUGCCUACCACCCCCGGAGGUGUGCAGCCCAGCAUCCAGUCCCUCACACAGGCUGGUAAGGUGAACUCAAGUACAAAACAUUCUUCAAAAUGGAAACCUCCUGGACCCUCACAGGAAGCUCGUAAGACCACUUUAUCCCCUGAGAAGAGCAGCAGGACACUCAGAAACUUGAGUCUAACUGCCAGCCCCGCAAGCUCUAAAGUACAGCUCUCCCACAAGGCAGCCGUAAAACAGGGUGCAGUGCAGCCCUUAAAAAAAACAAAAGCUCCUCGGUGUGAGGUCAAGAGACCGAGACAUCCCUUAAGACCCCAGAGAGAAUCAAGUCAAGAAUGGAAGGAAUCAAACCUCUCCGAAGCCCCAAGGCCUUCUGAAGCAAGUCGCAUAGGAUCUAAUACAUUGCCUUCAGAAACGGAUAGAAAUGAAGAGUUGACCACAGCAACCUCAAAAGGGGCCUUUAGUUUGACCUCUGAUCCCAGAGUGUGUGACACAGGCCGUCUCUCACAAGACGAACGAGAGCGUGUGUGUGAGGAGGCUGGAAGAGCAAAAGCAUUAGUUGUUACUAUGGUGUACCAGGAUGGCACCAUACAACUGGACCCAGAGCAGGCGUCAUGUCCUGCCGUGUGUGGCCUUCUGGUUCUGCUGAAGCAGGAUUUGGACUCGGAGAGUCUGGAGGACAGACCGCAAGAGAAAGUGCUGUACCUGAGACUAGAGCAGACACCAGCGUGGGCCCAACAAGACCUUAAACACAAGCAGGAGGCCUUUACCAGAGAACUGCUGCUGCAGAUGGUGUGCAGCACAAAGCCAUUUGUGUGCUUUAAAGCCAAAGACCUACUCCGUACAGCGCUGAGACAUUUCAGCAAAGACCUGAGCUGGGAGCUAGUGUUGGGGUGUCCGAUAAUGGAUCCUCAGAUUGCAGCCUGGUUGUUAGAUCCAGCCGACCCCGCAUCCUGCUUUCAGACCCUGCUCUCCAAACACUACACACGUCCAGUUCCACGCACAUCACUGCAACCUGUGCUCGGACAAGCCAAGGUGACUCAAGUGAUCUCAAAUUUAUCACUUCUUCAUGGGCUAAUGGAUGAAUUGCAUAACACGCUUCAGACUCAAGGCCUGUGGCAGCUCUAUUCUGACAUAGAACAGAUGAUGAUUCCAGUUCUGGCAGCAAUGGAGAGUUAUAAAAUUCACGUGGACAAGGAAGCCUUAAAACGGACUUCAGAAAUGCUAGGGUCUAAGCUGAAGCAGUUAGAACAGGAGGCUCAUCAGGCUGCAGGUCAACAGUUCUUGGUGUCCAGUAGUGCUCAGCUCAGACUGAUCCUGUUUGAGAAGUUGCGUUUGCAUGAACGGUGUGAGAAUAAGAAGCUCCCCAAAACCAUCAAACAGCAGCAGUCCACAUCUGAAACGGCAUUAUUACAACUACAAAACUUGCAUCCACUUCCUAACAUUAUACUAGAAUACAGACAGAUCCACAAAAUCAAGACUGCAUUUGUGGAUGGCAUAAUUUCAUGUACGAACAAGACAUUCAUCUCUUCCACAUGGAAUCAGACGAGUACAGUGAGUGGCAGACUGUCGGCUAAACACCCUAAUUUUCAAGCUCUUCCAAAGCAGCCACUGCAGAUUUUGAAGAAGCAGUAUGUCCAUGGUAAAAAUUCUGAAGUGGUUUCUGUGCACCCUCGAGCCAUGUUCAUUCCACGUGAGGGUUGGACUUUCCUGUCUGCAGAUUUCUGUCAGGUGGAGUUGCGUCUCUUGGCUCACCUGUCGUCUGACCCACAGCUGCUGAGAAUCUUUCAGAAACCUGAAGCAGAUGCCUUCACCAUGCUGGCGGCCCAGUGGAAGGGUGUGAGCGAGGACAAAGUGAGUCUGGAGGACAGAGAGCAUUCCAAACGUAUUGUCUACUCUGUGGUUUAUGGAGCUGGAAGAGAGCGGUUGUCUGGCAUUCUGGGAGUGAGCGCAGAGGAGGCCAGUUGUUUUCAGGACGCUUUCCUGCAGACCUACAGAGAAGUACAGGCUUUCAUCCAACACACCAUCCAGCACUGCCACAAACACGGUUUUGUAAAGUCUAUAAUGGGAAGACGGCGUUGUCUCCCUCACAUUCACUCUGCUGACUGGAGCCUUCGAAACCAGGCAGAGAGGCAGGCUGUCAACUUUGUACUACAGGGCUCAGCUGCAGAUCUUGCCAAAAUGGCCAUGAUCAAAAUCUGUUCCCAAGUGUCUUCCACCUCUUACACUGCAAGGUUGGUGGCUCAGAUCCACGAUGAGCUGCUGUUUGAAGUGGAGAUCGCACAAGUCAAUGAGUUUGCUGUAUUGGUUAAGAAGACCAUGGAAUCCCUUCAGCACAUCGAAAGUUUAGGAGUGAGUCUCUCCGUGCCCCUUAAAGUCUCGGUGUCUACAGGACAGUCAUGGGGCUCAAUGUGUGAGAUGAACCUCUUGUGAACCACUGCAGCUACUUCUCCCCGAGUCUCUUGCUCUUCUUCGCCAUCCCAUCGCUAUGGUAACCGAGCAGCUGCAGCUCCUUAUUCUUCCCGUUGACGUAUCCGGAGCGAUCUGGAUCGAACCAGUUCCAUUUUUGGGGGCUUCUUUAUCUUCCGCUGAUUCCUUUUUAUCCUUUAUUGUUGCACUGUUGGAUUAUACGGUUCCUCACACUGUAGUAUCACUUAGAGUUCCCUUAAAUCUGUAAUGUUUUUUUUUCUUUACACCCUUAUAUUGGCUAAACUGUUCACUUUAUACCGUAUUUCUAUUUAUUCAGUAGACAAGUAUGAUUUACGAGUUCAAUGUGGUUCUCAGAUGUUUAAUAUACCGAUGGGCGUAAUUUCAAAUGUAUUACUGAAGCACGAGCUUGUGUCACUGCUAUCUGUCUCUCAGCCAAUGUAAUGGAACCUCUGUCUCCUGAUGAAUUUGAAUAAACUCGGUCCUUAUUAAGUGAGUCUUACUCACUCCAUUUGAAACCUGUUAAUCUUAUCUCUUCCAAUUCCUAAUUUAGCAGCUGCAGUCCACUGUCCUUGCAUUACUUGUGUGUGUAGACAGCCUAGCAUCUCUCUGGUAAACACGAUGGCCCGAUUUUGUGUCUGUGCUGUGAUGACCCCACAGAAUGCUUCCUAUUAACACAAGUACACACCUUUAAAAAUUGUUCCAUUGUUGCUGUUGUAUUUUUAGAGGCUGAGAUGGCUGUAAUAAUGUCAUGAUAUCCCUGAAAGCCUGUUCUUAACGGUCUGACACACAUAUUCAUGAACCUCCCACAUUUACCCGACUGCAUCAUGGUGUUUCUUCACACAUAUUCAUUACUAAUGCUUUGUUUGGAGCAAUUAUCCUAUCACUGAGAUUUGGUUAGGAGAGGAUUUUGCUAUGGAAUGUGUUAGGUAUUGUUAGUUAUGCGUUUGCAUUUUUUUAAAGAAUAUAAUGUGUAUAUUAGGGCUGUCAAACGAUUAAUGACGAUUAAUUACAUCCAGAAUAAAAAAAUGUGUUUAGAUAAUAUGUGUGUGUGCUGUGCAUAGUAAUUUCGUAUUUAUAGAAACAUUAACAUACACAUACAUGUAAUAUUUUCCAGAUAUGUAUACAUGUGUACGCGUUUAUAAAUACAGAGUUAAUGUGCACAGUAAACAGACAUACUUUAUAUAAACACAAGUUUUUAGUCUGGAUGCAAUUAAUCAUUUGGUGGCUCUAGAUAUAUCGCUGCUGUCCUUCUGAAACGGCUCUCACUAAAUCCUUGGUGUUUCGAGUCAGAUCCGUGAGCGUGGCUUGUUGGUUUUGACUAAAUCCUUGGUGUUUCGUGUCUUACUAAACCCUUACACUAACCUAACCAUGUAAAUUACCCAUGCUCCUCCUUGAUCUUGCCAAAAAAACAAGGCCGCAUGAUGACGACAGACUCGAAACACCAAGGAUUUAGUGAGAGCCAUGUAUCUCCAUAUUUCGUGAUUUAAAAAAUAAUAAUAAAUCAUUAUUAUUAGUCACGCUUGUCACUGGGUUUUGCAAAAAAAUGUAACGAAUAAAAGUAUUAAAAAGUGCUUGUCAACUUUGACAACACAGUAUUUAAAGGGACAGUUCACCCAAAAAUGAAAAUUCUAUCACCAUUUAUUCACC